AUGGACACAGACAACACCACAAUCUAUGCACACUCGCCAAAGAGAAAGCGGCGCGCGCCGGCGGCGUGUACCUUCUGUCGCGGCCGCAAGAUCAAGUGCAAUAAUGAGCAGCCGCGUUGUAGCAAUUGCAAGAUCUACGAGAAGGAAUGCAUCUACGAGCAGAAAAAACAGAGACUGCCGGAGUAUCUCCUUAGUCGGAGACCUUCAGAGGGCAAUGCUGGUGUAAGUGUGAGACGGCAAGAACAUCGCGGCCGGGUGCCGCUGCCGUUGAGCCCGGAUGCAGACCGAGUACCGCAAACAGAUGAGACGGACAGUCCCACUGCUCACCGGAGCAUGAGAGGCUUGAUUCUGAGCCCCAACGGCGAUGGACCGGUAGAGUCUACUGUGGAGUCUGAUCUUCCGCCCGCGGAAGGCAAUGUAGGUGGCCGAUAUGGCGUCCCGAGCACAUACUACGGGCCCACGAGCGCGCAUUUUGAAGAUGCAUCGGUGCUUGGCACCCGUCGCCGGCCUGAUAUACCGCCGGACCUAGUCGAGAAAGUGCUUAUGGCAGAGGCAGCACAUCAACGACAAAUGGAAACUAUCAACUACGCGGCCGGCAAACUGGACUUUGACGUGGUCGAUAAGAUCCAGUCGCUCUACCAAGGAAGACCACCAAGCAUCCAAGACUUCGACACGAGGGUGCCCUUGAUCUUCAGCGACAAAUAUGAAGAGCUAGAAUCAUGGACGCCGUUUGCGUUCAGCGAGUCUGCCAAGAACUACCCUGGCAGUCCCGCAUAUAGCGUGUCAACUUUCACAGAGCUGUGCAAGCUAUGUGUGAUUAUGAAUAAGAUUAUUAACAAAGUAUACGCCGAGAAGAGUGCGAAGAAAGAGUCGUCUGAGCUCUGGAACGACCGCGAGACUCUGCAAAAAGAGUUGGAGAAGUGGAGCUCUGAGCUGCCAGAUCAUUUGGUCUAUAGCACCGUGCAAGUGGACAAAGGGACCGUAGCCGCCAAAGCCUUCGCGCCCUGUGCAGCUGCAGCAACACGGAUAGUGCAGCUCGUGCUAGCGUACGACCGCGCAUUCUCUAUCAAGCGAGCCCCCUACCUAAUAUCAUACGCAACCUACGUCAGCGCCACCAUCCACGUGCGCAUCGCCGCGCAGCGCGCACCAAGAUCCGACGCGCACACAAGCCUCGAGACGUGUCUCUCCGUGCUGGAAAAGAACGGCGAGACCAACUGGGCCGUGAGAAAAGCCAGAAAAGUCAUCAUCGACCUCGCCGAGAAGAUGAGCGUAGCGCUCGAGAAGAGGCGCGUGAUCAGUCCACGCUCGGCCGAGAAGAUACCGCCCGGCCCGCAGAGCGUGGACGCGGAACAGAUGCCACAGAAUGACUAUGCCAACGAGCUCGGGUUGACAUUCCCCGAUCUAGACAUGGAGGCGAUUGUGCAGAGUUUCAUGCAAGAGCCGCCGGAGCAGGUGCGGAUGGAGGAAGCUGGAUUCGGCGGGCCGAUGCAAAAUCACGCAGCCUGGAACACGGGGCGCAGCAAUAUGUUGCAGACUGACGAGUUCCUGCCGGAUGAUGCACUGUUUGGUUUCAAUAGGGCUGGUCUGGACGGCUACAUGUGGAACUCUCCAAGCUGGGACCAGAGAACAUAA